AUGUACACAUGUGAUAUAUGUAAAAAGAAUAUAAUUUUCAAAAGGAAUAUUGUGAGACACUUUAAGAAUGUACACAAUUUAACAGUAGGUAGCAUAACAAGUAGUAGAGAUGGUAAUUUUAAAUGUCCCAUGUGCGAGAAUCAAUUUGCCGGAAGAAGUUCACUUAGGCGACACGAAAAGUCAAAACAUAAAAUGAUUAUCACAGCUCCGUUAAAGAAUAUAAAGUGAGUAUCUAUAUUAUUAAGAUAAUAAUACCUAUUUUACUACUUUUAACAUAUUGCAUUAUAUUAUUGCCUUAAUGGAAUUUCUUUUUAAAAAGAUUCAUUGUUAGUAAUAGUUUUUUAGUUAUUUAUGUAUCAUAUGUUUUCAGUAAUACUCUUGCACCAAUAAAAAUAAUAGUAAACUAAUAGAAUAUUAUACUGUAUACAAAAUCUGUAUUAAUUAAUUUAUAAAAAAUAUUUUAUAUUUUUAGGCAUAGUAAAUGUGUAACAUUCGAACCGAGCAAAUUGGAUGACUAUCCCUUGUUUAAGGUAUCGUUUAUUUUAAAUCAAUUUAUAAGUUAACACUUAUCUAUUCAAUUUUAACAAAUAAACAUUUUUGAGCCAAGCAAUAAGCAUCAACUAGAAACAUAUUUAAUUUAAAUACAGACAAUAUCCAGUUCGCAGGAAAAGAUAUAUUUUAUAUUGUUGUAUAUUAUAUUAUAACAGUGAUAUAUAUGUAUAGAAUAUCUUACAUUAAAAGGUUAAUAAAAUAUUAAAAUGUAUAAAAUAAAUACAUUUACAGGGUAAUUCACUAAACGGUAUCAACAGUAUCAACUAUGCUGUGAUUAUAGACAUCGAAGGCCUUUAAAUAUUGAUAAAAAGACAUCUAUAAAUUUCAUUAUAAAACAUUCAAAUUAUAAUGAAACUAGUAAAAACUAAGUCCAGUAGAAAGUUGUUGAAACUAAUUUAAACAUUAUUUAGCACCUUAACAUUUUUUUAUAUUUUCCAAAUUAUGACUAAAAGUGAAUUAUCAAAGUAAUUAAACUGUUAGUUGAAAAGUACUUUGACACCACUCAUACUAGUAGUUACAUUGAGAGUCAUGCUACAAAAAUUCCAUAAGAUCCAACUUAUAAUAUUUGAUUGAUUAUUAAAAAAAGAAAAAAUAUAGUACUCUGUUUUUUUUUUUUAUCAUUAUUAUAUAUUAUUAAAUAUUAUUGUUCCAGACAUUGAUACCUGAAGAUUAUGUUUACAAAAUUAACCACAUUGAAAUGUUGGAAAAUAAUUAUUUUAGAGCAAAAUUUGAGAUUGCUGAUUGCACCGAGGACAUGUUUUUAAUUUGGUUAUCGAAAUUAGAAAAAAAAUCUAAAGUCACAUACAGAGUUAAAUCUUUCACAAGGUCAACGAGUACGAAAAUUGUAUUUAAUGUAAAUAAAAAAAAAAAAAAUCAAACAAAAUACAACAAUUAAUUAUUAUUACUAUUUAUUCAUUUUUAUAAUAUUAUAAAUGAUUGAAUAGUUGAUUAUUAUUUUUAGAAAGUUUAUAGAUGCAUUCAUAAUACAUUUCCGGGAAAAUACCAUAAUCCUCAUCCAAAGCAUACUGGAUGCCCUGCUACAUUAACUAUUCGAAUAAAGAAAUGCAGUGAAGCAUUGUACGUAUUCAAUUAUAAUUAUAGUAAAGUUUAAAUAAAUUAGAUACUUAUACAUUUAUUAUUGACUUAUUUUAGACCGAUAAAAAAUACAAUGGCUGACAACAAUAUGAUGUUGAUUCCUCUAAAAGCAAUUGUGACGCUGUAUCAUUAUCACAAUCAUGAAUUUGUAGACAUACAGAAAAUAAAAUCCACAAAAAAGACUCCACAAAAUAUAAACAAAACAGAAUGUAAUGGAACUUCUAUACAAACUAAACAACAGACUAAUUUGAAUAAAGAAUAUUUUAAUAAGUCUAAUAGAAUAAACUCCAUGGCAUACAGCUCCCAAUUAUCUGUCAGAAACGUUGAAUACAAUGAAAGCACAUCAGAAUUUAUCGAUGCUAAUAUUAUACUAUACCAAACUGAUGGCAAUGAAGUUAUAUUAAAUGACCAAACUCAAAAAACGAUUAUUGACAAUGAUAAUUUUGAAUUAUCUGAAGAAUUUGAUAACUAUAUCAUAGUUGAACACGUAAAUAUCGAAAAUUCAUUACAUAAUGAUGAUAAUAAUUUCAUUCCAACUACAUCAAAUAUGUUGAAGUUAUAAUACUGUUGAUGAAAUAGCCUAAAAUGGUGUAGCAAUAUUUGAAUUUGAUCCUAAAUAUUAAUCAUUGGAAACCAAAAAAGAACUUUACUAAUAAAUUAGUUUGGAGAAAAACAUCUUUUGAAAUAAAAUAUAUGGUAUGUUUCAACUGAUAUUUUUUUUUUAUAAAAAAAUUAUGCUAAUAUUCUUUAAUAUGAUAAAUGAAGCAUUCUUUCAUGAUACAAUUAGACAGUUGCUGUUUUAUGGAUUAGUGUUGGAAGACCAUUUGUAUACAAAUGAAGUUUUUUUGUACAUAUGCAAUUUAUUUGUAACAAUUAUGUAAAUUUCUAAUUUAUUAUGAUAGUAAUAUUUUAACUAUAUGAAGUUUAUAUUAAAUGAUUUAUAUUAUAUCUUAUGUGAGAUUAAUGGAUGUUGUACAUUUUUUUUUUAAAUUUAAUUUUUACUUUACAAUAGCAAGUAUUAAAAGCAUGUCUCCUUGUUUCCCCUUCACUUCACCGCAAUGGGCAUAUAUGGAUACAAAGACUAAAAAAAAAUAAGUAUAAGAUAAGGAAAACAAAAAAUAUAAGCAGCAACAACUCAUCUUCAUAAAAAUUAAAAAUAUUAUUAAAUUGAAUAAUUUGUCUACUGUUUUUAUUUAUUUAUCAUUUUAUCAAGGCACGUGAUUGAAAAUGAUUGCUAAACCUAAAAUUUGAGUCAUGUUUGUAAUUUAAAUUGAUUUUUCAAACCUUUUAUAUAAAUCGAGUUGAAAUUUAAUAAUUCAGGUGCUUUAUUUAUGAGAAGUUCCUAUUCCAAGUUUUUGCUGUGAUAUUGGAAGAUUAGCCGAUCAAAUUAUCAUUAAUAUGUUAACUUAGUGUAUUUGAUAUAAGCCACAAGAAUACCAUUAAUGAUUACUUCAAGUUAUUUUUAAACCAUUUUUAUUAAAUUAUGGUAAAUAAUUUGAGACUACAACUUAAUAGGUACAACUAUAUAGGAUAUUAUACACUCUGUUAUUUGACUGUAAAAAAUAUUUUGCCAUGAAGAAAUACCUGGACUAUAAGCUCGAUUAAAAAAAAAAAAUUCACACUAUACAAAAUAAAGAGAAUUUACACUAUGCAACAUUAGUUUAAGUUUUUAAAACUCGAAUAAUUUAUUUUAUUAUAGUGAUAUGGCCAAAUUAAAAUCAAUGUUGCACAAAUAAAGUUGUCAUUAUUUUGUGGUGGAAAUUUGGUUUUUUAAUUCAGUCUUGAGUAGUUAUGCACAUUUCACUAAAUUAAUUUAUUUUUCUAGUUAAUCACAGAUUAAAAUAUACGUUAAUUUGUGCAUUCUACAUAGAUAUUAGUCUACCGGAUACAUAGAUAUUAGUCUACCGGAUACAUAGGUAUGUACCUUAUUCAAAUUUUAUGAAUUACAUUAUAUGAAUCACAUGAUAUCAAGUAGCUACUAUAUAUAUGUAAUAAUUGUUUGUCAUGGACUAAAAUCAUACUCAAUCUUAGUCCGAGAUGUCCUUUAUAUAUACUAAUUUAAUCCAGUUGUUAAUAUUUUAGCCAGGUAUUAUUUUUUAAUAUUGUUAAAACAUUACUAGCAUUAAAAUAUUCUCAAGUUAUUUUUGCUUAUCAUCUUUAUAAUUAAUUAAUAAUUAUUUUAUAAUUUAAUAUCUUUAUUUUUUCAUUAUACUCAAAUAUUUUUUGUUGUUUUGGUUAACUUAGAAAUUAUAAACAGUACCUAGCCAGUCUUCAAUUUAAUUUUAAAAUAUAUCAUUAUAAAUUGAUCAUUUUUUGAAUUAAAAAUGCUGGAACUAAUUAUUAUUAUAAAUUAUAAUUAUAAACAAAGCAUAAUAUUUUGUAUAAAAACAGUAUUUUCAAUGAGUAGGUAUUAUUCUACAUUUGGAUAUCAUUAGAUGAACUGCACACUAGAGAAAUGUGUAAAUAAAAACUUUUUAUACCAACGCUGUUUGUUUCAAAAACAAUUUAUUGAAGAAACUUAAACAAUGAAACUUUAGAAUAAUAUUAAAUAUGAUCAGUUUUUUCCAUUUGAUUUUCGUUCACUAUCUUAUAAUCAAGUUGUGAUGUGGAAUCGCUAACCAAUGAACCAACUGAUGUAGAGCAUAAACUUGUGUUGUUACAAUAAUUAAUACCCUGUGUAGUUUUUAAUAUAUUAAUUAAUCCAUUAAUUUGAAACAGAAAUGCUUUAAAACACGUAAUAGUAAUUUCAUUUAAAUGUGGAAACAAACCUAUUAAAACAAUCUUUUUGGAUUUUCAUCCGGUGUAUGUUGUUUAAUCUUAAUAUUAUUAUAUUAAUCUUUUAUCUUGCUUUAAGUUGCAUUGGUAAAUAGAUAAUUAAUUUAAUAUUAUUUUUAUAAACAUAGGUUUUUUAAUUAUAAUCAUAUUUUUUUUUGAAAAUAAAUAACCUAUUUAGCUGGAUUUUCGCUAUACAAAUCAAGUAGAAGUAUUUGAAAAAUCUAGUUUGGAUUUACCAAAUCCAAUCUUCCUUUUAAAUUGUUAGUUUUACAAAUUAUUUUUCGAAAGACUAGGUAUGAAGCAAUUUCUUUAUUAAGAAAAUUGAUAAUAAUUACUGGAUUGUAAACAAAUAAUUUUUAAUAGGUACUUCAUUCAUUAUUCAUUGUGAGGAGAAUUAAUUUUGUUUAAAGAUAAUAUUGUGUGGGAGAUGAGUAUUGACUUAAAAAAAAACAUAACAUUAUUAUAGAUAAUGGGUACACCAAUAUUUAUUAUUAUGGCGUAAAAAAUUUCGUUUUUAAAUAAUCGAUAAUAUUAUGUUUUUGUUCGUGGUUUUUUACGGUGGGGGAGUGGAUGGCCGACUGUUAAGAAAACGCGGCAAAUAUUUAUGGGUACAUGAAAAAAACGCGGUAACAAUAAAAACACGGCAACGACGUAGUACUACCUAUUACUUUAUGAGUUGGCGGCAAUGUGCGGACCCCCUCCAAUCGCGACAUUCGUUAUUUUCUCCAAUAAGAAGGUUCGUUAUAUUCGCCACCAGCCAAUCAGUGCGGUUGUUAUAUUCGUACAUCGUCGAUCAAUGACGUCGACCUCGGCUACAAACAAACUGACGCCAUUGUGUUCCGUGCUGUUGUUCGUUGUUUUCGUCGUCACUCACUCGCCGUUGGUAUUCUCCUGGUAUUCUGUAUCUUUUCUUCUGCCAUUUCGCGUAUCAUCCGUCAGUUCUAUUAAAAGUAAGUACGAGUUUUCCUGAAAUCGAAUUUUGUAUUUGUUUUUCAAUCGCGUCCGUACGGUGCUCAUUUCGCGAUCGUAAAGUCUCCGGUAUGCCAAACAUUGGCUCCAGAUCAAAGCGUCCCUUGCUAACUUUCACCCGAUCAGGCAAAUUUCUGAUUUCUUAACAAAUACGGCUGCGCCCUAUUAUUUUCGCUUCAAUAUUUUGUUUUGUAAAACUUUACCGAUAAAUUUGGCGUUUGAUUUAGUGGUUUUUAUAUAGAAAAACGGGACUAUAAGCAAUUUGUUACAAUUUUUUGAGGGAUAGGUGUAAAAUUUUAAUAAUAUUUCAAUCAUUAGCCGUGUUGUUUCUGACCGCCGGUGAUAUUCAUUUUUAUUAUUUAUUAUUAAUUAAUUAAUUAAUUUUCUUUAUCCAGGUAAAUCAUGGCCCGUACUAAGCAAACCGCUCGUAAAUCCACUGGAGGUAAGGCACCGCGUAAACAAUUGGCAACCAAGGCUGCUCGUAAAAGCGCUCCGUCCACUGGAGGAGUAAAGAAACCUCAUCGUUAUCGUCCUGGUACAGUCGCCCUUCGUGAAAUUCGUCGGUACCAAAAGUCUACUGAGUUGCUGAUCCGCAAAUUGCCAUUCCAACGCUUGGUCAGAGAAAUCGCUCAAGAUUUCAAGACAGAUUUGCGUUUCCAAAGUGCAGCUAUUGGAGCAUUGCAGGUUCAUAAUGGUUUUAAUACUUAAUUACUUUUUUUUAAAUUCUCAACAGUAGGUAUUUCUAAAAAUAAUAAGUUAUCAAAUAAUUGAAACAAAUGUUCAACAGUUAAUUUAUAAUAAUAUUUUAUGGUGUGCUGUGUUAAAAGCAUUUUAAUUGGUUCCAUUUUUACAAUUUGUAUUGUUUUAACUUCAAUAAGCAUAUUAUAUCAUAAAAAUACUAAUUAAUUAAUGAUAUUUGGUAGUUGACCCAGUAAAUACAGUUUAUUUAAUGAUUAAUAUUAUCUAAACUGUUAAUUUAUUGACUAAGUAUUUAUAAUAUUUAUUAUUUAUAAUAUUUAUUUUAUAAUAAAUACAUAACUGAAUUACAGGAGGCCAGUGAAGCUUAUUUGGUUGGUCUGUUUGAAGAUACCAACUUGUGCGCCAUCCACGCCAAACGUGUCACCAUUAUGCCCAAAGAUAUUCAAUUGGCCAGACGUAUCCGUGGUGAACGGGCUUAAUUCACCCUCCACAUUCCUCUCAAUUUUUUUCAUCAGUUUUCUGGGUUUAUACAUGAUACAGUUUUUAUUAUUACUAUACUAUGAUUUUUUUUUUUAUAUAUUUCAUAUAAUAUAUAAAACGUGUGUGUGUGUGACAGUAAUUUGUAGGACUCUUAAUUUGUUUAAACUUAUUUUUAAUUAAUAAAACAAGUGUUCAUUUUAUUCAAUGUCAGUAGCUGGAUUUUGUAUUACUCGUCUGUAAAUUAAUGUUAAGACAAAAACCACAGCUAGGUAAUAAUUUAUUUCUAAUCACAGCUAUACUUAAUUAAAUACAAUUAAAUUUAAUAUUUACAAUAAUUUAAUUAAAUAGUUGCCUAAGAUUAUUAGACUUUAUUAAAACAUAAGGUAAUUCAUUUUUUUUUUUUUUUUUAUGUGUGUAUUUACAUAGUUGUGUAUCCCAAACUGCUACCUAGUUAUUCCUUUAUAACUUACAGUAGUAAUUUCCUUUCAUAAAAAACUCAAAAUGUAUACUAAUGUCUUUUAAACCAUUUUAACAUUUAAUAUGUGGUGUAUGGAUUACUCUAAAUUCGUUUAACGAGUUUAUAUGUAAUAAAAUAUUGAUAUAUAAACAAAAAGUUGUUAUGAUAUAUUCUAUUUUUCAGUAAAACCAUUGAUUAUUAUACAAUUGAUGGUAAAACUAUUGAGUUAGGUAUUCAUUAGAACUUUCAAAUACAAUUUGUUUUAAACAAUAUGCAGCUUAUUGUUUGACGGGUAAUGCUUGAUGGGUCAUUUGUAUGAAAAAUUAUAAAAUCUAAGAUUUAGGUAUGCAAGAACAGAGAUUAGAGAAAAAAGUAUUAUAAAAAUAAAAGUGUUUGAAUGCUUAUUAAACAUUAAUAAAAGCAUAGCGAGGAAAUGUUAAAUUGGUUAUAGUGAUUGCUUUUUUUUUUUCUCGGCAUUUUUUGUUUCUAAACCACAUUUUUUCUAUAAAUAGUGCUUCAACCAUCUACUAAUUUAGAAUGGUUUCUUAUAUAGGUACAAUUCUUUCUAACGACUGCAUUAGGCAAAUCUUUUUUCUAUUUUCCUUUAAGGUUUUUUUUAAAUAAUGGGGAAAAUGUCAGAUAACCACAAAUACCAGAUAAUUCACUUAUCUUGAACCAACAAUUUUCUCAAGAUUUUAAGUCUGGUGGUUCUAGUGUAUGGUGAUCAUACCAACAUUUUUGGUUUUUACCUAUUACAAUUUUCAAUAUUGUUUUGUUAAGUAAAAUUGGAUUGAUUAAGUAGUUGAGAAUUUAUAUCUAGUUUUUAUUCAUUAUUUUUAUCACUAAUAAUGCAUUCCACUGAGGAUUAAAGAUUUUGAUUGCAUCUAUAGGUUAUUUAUUAUUCGUCUGAAUAAUCUGACCUAGCCUAAGUUCUAAAUAAAUUGGAAUUCUUAACCUAACCUAUUAAAAUGUGACCUGUCUUUUUGAAUGGGUCACGCUAAUCAAAUACUCUAGAUGACAAUAUGGGAUAUUCAAUGAUAACAAACGUCGAAAUUGUUGUGGUUGCCUAUCAUACUACUGCUAUCGGCUAUGGUUUACACAAGUUGCCUAUAUGAAAAAUAAUUUAAAUUUCUACUAAAAUAUCCAGCCUUUAUUCGAAGUACUGUUCGGUUAUAAUAACGAAUAACCUAAAUAAUUAUUUCAAUAAUUUUUAAAGAAUAAUCUGAGCUAAAAAUAAAUAAAUUAUACAUGGUUUUUUUCUAUUAAUAUAGUGGGGAGGAUGGUAUUACACAAAUCUUUGGAAAUUUUUAUUAAUCUCUCCUUAUGUUUAUUUUCUCCAAAUAUCUUGUGUUUGAAAUGUUCUGUUCUUUACACCUACCAUUAUAAAAUUACUUCACACAAGAAUUGUUAUUUUUGGAAUUGCAAAAACAAGAGCAGGAAAAUCCGGAAUUGACAUUUCAUAAAUUUUUCUACUAGUGAUAAAUUGUUAAAGUUAAAAAAGUUAAAUUUUUACUAUUGUCUUAACAAAUUUAAACUUCAAUUAGUGUAUAAUAUGGAGUGUAUGGAUUCAUUAUUAGUUAUUGAAAAAUUAAAAUAUUUACCUAUAUAAUAUAUAAUAUUUUUUCAAAAUACCAGGGAUCCUAUAUAAACGGUAUGUUCCUAAAACAAUUUCAACACCUCAGACUUCAGAAUUGUUGUCAUUGAAAGAACUAGAAACAUCAGGAACAAGACAACCAAAGUUUGAUACAAGUAAUACAUUCGGUAAAAAAAUUACAGUUUUAAUAGGAACAAUAUAACAUGUAUUUGUGUUAUUAUUAAAUAGGCACCAAUGCAAAAAUGUAAAUAUAUUCUCAGGGAACUUCUUGCAUCUAAAGUGUAUAAUGGUACAAAUGUUUCAAUCCCAACAGUGGGUUAAGUGCCAGAAUGAAGUCUUAGAAAACCAGGGUUGAGUAGAAGUAAUACAUUUAAUUACAAUUUAUAAUAAACUGUUUCAAAAGAAACAAUACUACACACAUUUGUAUUGUUAUUAUAAUUAAACAGGUGUCGAUGAAAAUAUUGAUGUUAUGAAUAAUAAAAAUCAAAAGCUUAACAUGCUGUAAAAUUUGUGAAGAUAAUAGAUGAUUUGUUUGAUGUGUUCAACAGAGGUUCAUUCAAUUAACCAAAAAUAUUUCGAAAAUCAUUGACUGAUAUUUCGAAGCAUUGGGUCUUUUUAAACUAGUGUUUUGAAAUAAUAACAAAAUUAAAAAAAAAAAAAAACAGCCACUGUAUAUUAAUGGUUGGCUUUUGAAUAUUAAUAGUUUAAAAAUGUUGUUUAAGGAUUUACAUAAUAAUUUUGAAUUUGAAUAUUUACUUACUAGACGACUGAUUCAAGAUUAUUUUCUGUAGCACAUGCAAAAUGUUACUCCAGAUUCGUUAUAAGUUUUAUUCGGCCAUACAAAUGUGCGCAGCACAAAAACUUCUAGUUCCACCUGCAACUGGAAAUUGUGAAACAGAAGAUCGCGAGUUUUUAACCAAAUGCAAUGAUUUGUUGCAGAAUAAACAAAAGUUUAAUAUGAAAUUAAAACAUUUUGAAAAUCAAUAUUUAUUAGGUAACGAGAUAGACUCCUUGUUUGAUGACAAUUUGAGUGCCAUGAACAUUGCAUUCAUACAGUUGGACUUGCAUGAAGAAAAUUAUAUUGCAUAUGUAGCUGGUCGGGCAUGUUCUAAACUAAGUCAUAUUGAAUGCCUUGAAAACUUGACUACAAAAGAUAAAAAUAUCAUUACAAUUAUUAAUAUAAUAUAAUUAAUAUAAAUUACUUUUAUUUCUAUGAGACAGUAUGAUGAAUGUAAUUUACUCUAUCCAUUUAAAAGUACAAUUGAUUUUGUAGGUAAAAUUAUAUGUCUAUUCAAUACAAAUUUUAAUAAUUUAUUUACAGAAAGUAAGAUUGGAAUUAAAUUCAAUAUAAUAUCAUGUACCUAUCUAUAAUAGUAUAACAGUAUAAGCGCCUAGCGUAAUGUGUAUAGGCAACCACCGCGAUUACGUUAGGGCGUACGUAUGUCGUGUUUCUUACCAUAGACUGUCCAGUAUUGUCGUGUAUAGUGCACUAAUCAACGAGUCGAUUCGGAUCGCGAGAAUAAAAAGAAAGUCGUUCAAAUUUGUUCAAUUUUAUUCUCGUCCGUGUUCCGCCGUUGGAUCAUAUACUUACUACAGGCAACCGUGGUUAAAUGGUUAGAACGAAACGGUUCACGAAAUGUAUGAUUGUAUAAAAUUAUACAUCGUGGUGAUCACGCAUAUUAAACGCAGGUAUCGCAAAAUUAAAUUUACAAAAACGAUAAUAAAAUGUGCACAAUUUUUCGGUACACCAUAUCUGUCUAGCCGUUAAACAUUUGUCCAUCGUCCAAGUGAACGAUGUAACCGAAUCAUGUAUUCAUCCGUUCAUCGUUCAAAUUAUACCUGGACAAUAUUAAUUUAGUAAAUAUGUCUGUGGUUCAAACGAACGAUCCGAUCCAAAUGAACCGACCCGUUUUGCACAUCUCUAAUUCAAAAUAAUCAAAUUUCAAAGUUUUCUAAUUCAACACGUUCUGAUUAGAAACAAUGAUAUGAAAUGUACAAGUUAAUAACUAAUGGAGUUUCGUCUGAAAUACGUUCGGUUGUUUUAUUUUGAACUGAAAUAAUUUCGGCGGAAACAUUUUCUGAUAAUUUCGUGCUCGACCUAAAUAUGGUCGGUAGAAAUAUUUUCGGCAAAAAUACGGUUCGGCUGUAGUUUUACAAACCCCUAUACAGAACGCUAGAAAUCAAUGAGUGGUGAAAAUUUUAACUACAAAAUCUAGUUAUCAAUACUUACCAAUAUUUGACGGUAUUUUAUAGUUUUUAAUUGUUAAAAUUAUUUUCAGAUGAAUAAAUACCUAGUCAUACUAGUAAUACCUAGUAAUAUUACCUAGUAGUACUCUAUUACUUAAAAAAAUUAACUAAUUAUUAUUUCUGCUAAAUAUUAUUUGUAUAUUAAAUUAUACUAAAUUCAUUGGUAAAAUCAAGAUUUGGUAGUAUUAGAUAGUAGUUUUAAUAUUAAGUGUUUAAAAUAUUUUACGAUAAUGAUAUAAAUUAAUACAUGAUGGCCUUAUAAAAAAAAUUCUCUUUCAAGUGAUCAAUUUUGUUAAAUAAUGCGUAUUUGUAAUUAAUUCUGAUGUUCAAAUUAUUUAUUUUAUGUAAGGGAACAUGAACAGUGAAACUGUGAAAGUAUUAAAGUAGGUUAUAGAAUAUAGGCAAUAGGUAUUUUAUUUAAAUUAUAGUAUUAUAUUAUUAUUUAUUAUUAAUUAUAUUAAUUAGUGUAUUUUUUUUUUUUAUAUAUUAAUUCAUGUAUUCAUUAUGAUACAUAUUAGUAUACACGAAUAUAUCUUCAUUAGUGAUAUAAAUUAUCUAGCCCUAAUCAGAAUUACCAUUGAUUACCAGACCAUUGAUUAAGUAUACAGGUAUACUCAUAGGCAUGCGCAGACUUUAUUAGAAGACUGGGUAAAAAUCUUGUUUUGUCAAUAUCACCAGUGGGCAAUGACUGCGAAAAUAUUUUCCAGCAGAAGGAACUAAUUAAAUUGAUCUGAUAAAUAUUAUUAAUACAUAUUUAUAUUAUAGGGAAUUUAAUCAUCAUCAGCUUCUAAAGGCUAAGCCUUGUUGUUGUAGCCAUACAUGUCUGUCAGAUGCUGUCCUCUUGAGAUUUUGGUAAGAGGUAACACCCAUUCGUCUGAAAAUUUCUUCGAAGAAGGAUUUAGGGGGUUAAUGGGUGGAUCUUUUUCCCUCUAUUUUUCCUUCCAUAAUGAUAGUAAUAAACUCAUUAUUUCUAAGUAGACGUCCAAUCAGCUUUAUUGUUCUUUCUUCAUUGAUCUCGUUCAGCACUUCUUCAUUCGUCUUAUGUUCUAUCCAGCUUGUUCUAGUCAUUUUCCUCCACAUCCACAUUUCCAUAGGGGAAUUUAAUAGGUACUUAUAAUAAUACAAAUAUCACACUUUGCUUAAUACUAGUAUUCGUAUUAAAAACAAUUAUUAAUGAUAAAGAACUGGACCUUUUGUUCAUAUCACAGAUUGUUAUCAUAUUUAUAUCAGUCACGAACUUACGAACACGAUUAACUAAAUAAUGACUACCUAAAUAAAUGUAUUGAUAAAGGUUUAUUUGGAAAAAAUUCAACUCGCAGAGAGGGAACAGUUGCCGCCCCUCCCUGCCAUCCACAUGAACACGCCAAUAAGUAAACUUAAUCAAUGACCUGUGUUAGUAUAUGUUCUUGACUUCUCGUAUUGAUGCCAACAUUUGGAUCGUUGAUCUCGUUUACGUUUAAUUUGUCCGCUAGAUCGCAGUGUAACAUACAAUAAAUUAUUCUAAGCUAAGCAGAUACUUAUAGAUGGUAAUAGUUAUUUCAUGCGGCAAAUUGAUUUCUGUUUUACUCAGUUGUCUAUUUGUUUUAUCUGUUACAAAACAAAAACAUGUUUUGAGUAAAAAUAAUUGUAUAAGCUUUCACAAGUAACUAAUGUGUACAAUCCAAAAAUUAAGAUAUUAAUUAAUUCGUGGUAUAAUCUAUAAAUGCAUGUACUAUGUAGUAUGAAAAUACAAAAUCACAUAAAAAAAAAAAACUGUGGAAAAAUUCACAUUAAAUAAAUAAAUUAGAAAUGUAAAAUCUAUAUCCCAUAUUUUAAUAGCGCACAGGUGAAACGGGACUGGGAACGAACAACGGUUCAAUGAUUAGUGAAUAUUAUGGCGCGCGUAAGUAAAAACAAUAAUUUCUCAUAUUUUUUUUUCUUACGAAUGGCGACAUUGAUUUGAUGAGGAUUUUUAGGGUGAGGGCUAUAAAAUAACCGAACUUGUUGUUUUUUGUUUUUUUUUUUUUGGUAGAACUGUUAGAAAGCUGUACUAAUUAUGGGUAACAUAUGCUCACGAAUUAAAACUCUAAAGAGACCAGAUACAGGGUUUUCGAUUAAUAUAUUCUUGUUUCUUCCAUUAGGACUUUUCAAUAAAUUUCGUUGUUGAUAAUAAUAUUAUAAUAUAGUCGAUUCCUGUCUUUUUUCAGUUUAAUAAUACGUUUUUUUGCGAUGUUUGCACACUACACAAAUAGAACUAUAGGUACCUAUAUCUUUUUAAACGCAAUGAAUAUGUUUAUAACUAUAUCAAGAAUGUCGAUGAUGAAUCAUUAGCGCCUCGCCUUCCGUUUUAAUGUACCUUAUGUUAAUUUUAUUUUAAUAAUAAUAAUAACAUAAUAUAAUGAUCAAAAUUAUGCAAGAUUUUCGCAAACGUCUUAUUGUUUAUCGUAGGAAAAUGACGAGAAAAACUAAAACAAAACGAUUUCAACACAACAAACUGCAAGAGUUUGCACGCGUUUAUCGAGGAAAAUAAUUCCAAUAAUAAUAAUAAUAAUAUUAUUUAUAAUCGCGAUAAAAUAUUUUUUUCGUAUACAGUUGACUCCAAGUGAUCCGAGUGUGUACCUACACCUAUACACCUAUGUAACGCGCACAUAAUUAUUUCAACAGCUAAAUAUUUCCUCGAAAAGUAAAAAAAAAUAAUAAAAUAAAACACGCCCGCCGUAUGAACGCAAACAGCGAUUAUCUUAAGUUAUUCCAGUACGUAAAUACAAUAAUCAUUCGACCUUAUACUAUAAUACAUAAUACAUAUUAUGUUUGUUAUACUACUUGCUCCGAUUGAGCGAUUGCUCUCGAGGUUGAAAUUAAUUAAAAACUGACUGGAAUAUAACUACAUAAUAAACGAUAAUACACUUGCAUAAAACAUCGUGUUCAAUUUGUAUAACCCACCGGGCACCUACAUCGUGAAAACUACUCAUAACGAUACAAAGACGUUGAAAUUAUAAUAAUUUUUCGAGUAUUUUCCGCAGAAAAAUCUGAAAUUAUAAAUGCACCAUUAAUAAUGCAUGUAUUUUAAUUAAAAGUAGACUAUUGUUAAGCCGCACAAGUGUAUUGCUAGAUUGAUAUUUGAACAAGAAAAUAAUUACUAUAUUUUUUUUUUUAAUUUUCCAGAUUACCUGCAGUAUUUCAAUGAACGCUGUCAGUAAAAAUAUAACGAGUUGUUUUUUUCUUAAUUAGCGAUGCACGUAAUGAUUUUACCGUGAGCAGAGUCGACUUUGGGUAUGCAGGGGCUCUUCGGGACCCUAUUAGAAGCAACAUAAAAAUUGCACAUGAAAACGCCGAAAAGUAUUUAUGUUCGAUGACUAGUCUUUUGAAAUUUAAACGCUAUAACACACGCUGAGAAAAUCACCGGCGGACAAUAAUAUUAUCGUUAUUCAUUGUUAUGAUUGAAAUGAAAGACAAACGUACACCGGCGGCCGUACGAUUAUUAUUUCACGUUAGUUGCCAACAAUUUCCACGACUAUAACAAAUAUUUGGGUUUCGGAACGGUAUGUUCAGACCUAUUUGUUCAGUGACUUUGUGCGUUUCUUGAAGGUCGAAUGUCAACCAUAUUUUGUCGAUAGUAUAGUACAAUAAUAAAUAACUUUGCAGCCGCCGGUCGCUGUACACUGGUCAACGUGCUAAUCAAAUGCAUUGCUAGGUAAAGAAUUAGAGUUGUGUUUGCAUCAUUCGCAUUUGUGUUACCGGAAUUUUACAUUGUUUUGUUUAGAUCCGGAGAGUAGAGAGGGAUCUAUUGGUUUUACUAUGAUGUGCGUGUUUUUUUUUUCUUUUUUAUAUUUUUUGUGUCUGUGAACGACUUUGACAAGAGAUCGAUUUUGUUCCUUUUAACACGUAGCCACUUAAAAAGAAAGUCGUUUUUCGAUAUCUUAAGUAUUUUACAUAAUAAUUGGGAAAAACUAAAAAAAAGACGAAAUUUAAUAUACGAUUAUUUUCAAAUUACGGCACAACGAGUUCAUUAUUUUAAAUUUUAACGACUUGCGUUUUCUACCAUAAAUAUUGCUACAAUAGAAAAACGACAAGAGGCCUUUUUUUUUUAUUAAUAUACAAUAUAGUUAUUGAACAAGGAAGUCUUUUGUUUUUGAUUUUCUUUGUUGUUUUUUAAUAAUUGAGCAAAACCGAAAAAAAAUGCAUAAAGUACAAAAAUAAUUAUUUUAUUAUUUUCAAGGUUUUUUUUUUUUUUUAAUGUAAUAUAUUUUAAUAUAUUCAUAAAGACUUUAAAUUUUAACAAAAUAACGAUAAAUCAUAUUACAAAUGAAAACAGAAUCUGAACCAAAUUCAAUUAAACAUGUUUUGAAUUUACCUACGACUUUUAUCAACAUUUCAACUAAAGCUUACAUCAGUAGUAUAGUAAAACCAAUAAAUAUAUAUUCGUCAUCACUACGUUUCUUCUUCUUCUCUUUCAUGGCGAAGGAGAGUUAUGUAUGGCGCAUAAAUUUAAGUUCUGAUUUUGGAAUUUUUAAGUAUUUUGAAAGAAAAUAUUUUGUAAUACUUGAAUGUUUCACAAUACUUAACGAAUAUUAUGUGACAAGACCAUUUUUGGUUUUUCAAACGAUAACCUAUAUGAAAAAUUGUUGAGUUAUUCUAUUUUAAAUACUAAAGGACUGCACGAUUUCAAACAAGAAAUUGCCUAUAGAAAACUUCUAUGAUCUCCUCCCACAGGGAAAAUGGUAUUGCCAACUAUAAAAUGAAUUCCGCCAUCCUACAGAAACGAUAGUAAAUGUCUACUGGAAUCAAUAAGUUGGCUUUCCAUCAGUAGGAACUCGGAGCUUUGGAUUUGUUAAACACGUAACAUUAUAUGCGUCCUUGAGGUGAUUCCUCACGGAUGCAUAUAGUUUGUGUAGUAAAUUAACAACUUAUUUGUGCAUAUUUUUAUAAGUCGUUUGCGCAUAGAUUAAUUUUCGUGCAACCACUCGUUUGUGCACAGGUUAUUUUUAGUGCAAUCAAUCGUUUGUACAUACAUUUUUAAAAGGCCGUAAUAUUUUAACAAUACGUUUCGUUAGAUAAAUAUAGUUAAAUAAAGUUACAUUUGAAUGGUUCUGUAGAGCCCGUUUAUAUAAUUUCCAUGUUUCUGGACCAUUGCUCCAAGAAAAAGCACGAAAAGUUGCAAAUGAGAUAAGUCUAGAAAAUUUUAAAGUUUCAAAUGGUUGGCUUCAAAAAUUCCGAGAACGUCGUAAUAUUUCUUUUAAAAAUAUAUGUGGUAUAUAAGGUAUAUGAGGUAACUCUGUUGAUUCAAGUGUCGUAGAAAAUUGGUUCGAAAAAUUGAAAAUAUUAGUUUCAGAUUAUGAACCAAAAAAUAUAUUUAAUUGUGAUGAAACAGUUUUAUUUUUUCGUGCACUUUCUGAUAAAACAUUGUGUUUAAAAAACGAAACUUGUAGUGGAGGUAAAAUAGCUAAAGAUCGUUUAACUGUUUUAUUAUGUGUAAAUAUGGUCGGGGAAUUUGAAACUCAGUUAAUUAUUGGAAAGUCAUUAAAACCACGUUGUUUCAAAAGUGUGAAUGUAUCAGCGUUAGGUAUUAAUUGGAAAGCUAACCGUAAAGCGAGUUAAGAUGGAUUAAGAUUUAAUGACAGACUGGCUAAUGUGUUUUAACAGAAAAAAGGAAAUGGAAAAUAAAAAAAUUAUUCUAUCUCUAGAUAACGCUAGCUCACAUCCUGAUACAUUAAACUUAAAAAAAAAAUAAAACUAAUAUUCUUACCUCGAAAUACAACUUCAAUUUGCCAACCACUAGAUCAAGGAAUAAUUAAAAAUUUUAAAGUUCAUUAUCACCAAUGAUAUGUUUUAUCUAGAGUGGAUCAAAAUGUAGAAAACAAAUCUAUAAACGGUUUUAGAUGCAAUAUUUUGGAUAAAAUCCGCAUUAAAGAAUAUAGAACCAGAGACAGUCAAAAACUGUUUUAAAAAGUCGGGAUUUUUUUCGUCCGAUACAGCGGACUGUGUAAUGGAACAUGACAAUGAUGCAAAUUUACACAUAUUCUCAGAACUUGUACCGAGUAUUGUUGAAAUCGAGGACUAUAUUUCUAUAGAUAAUAAUAUCCUUACAGAAGAUAAUACAUUAAUCAUAUUAGAUAUAGUCAAUUGUAAUCUAGACAAUUUUAGUGAAAAAGAAACCAAACAACCCGAAGAAGAAGAAGAAGAAUACGAGUUGAUAUACAAUCCAACGUUUGAAGAAGUUUGGAAAAUAAUUAAUAAUUUAAAAACAUGUUUUAAUAAUAAAGAUGACGAGAUCGCAUUAUCAAUGGUAGCCAAUUCGCAAAUUCAUUGUGAAGAGCAGAAAAAAUGUACCCAAAAAAAGAUUACAGAUUUUUAUAAUUGUACAUUAACGUUAAAUAUUUUUAUAAACAUUUUUAUACACUUUUUAAUACAUACAUAUUAUACAUAUAUAUUAUAAUGAAUGACAAAUUAAUAUUUCAAUAUAUAUGUAUGUAUAUGUAUAACCAAUUUUCUACAGCGUCUCCCUAUAGUGGACGUUUAGUAAUUUCUCGCAAAUGUCCACCAUGUGGAGGUUUUCCGAAUAGUGGACAACUCCUUAUAGCGGACAGUUUUUUAUUCCCCGUAGCUGUCCACUAUGUAGAGGUUUUACUGUAUUUCUUUUCGACGACAGCUGCCAUCUAACAUUAUUUUUUAUUGAUUUUAAUUUAAGUCUAGUUUCAACCAUAAAUCCUUUAUUAUCGGCAAUACCAUUGUUUGCUUGUGUGUAGGUAGGUAUACAAUAAUAUUAUGCACGCGUGAAUAUGUAACAUAUUAUUGUGUAUUGUAAGUUAUCUUACAAUAUUUUGUGCACAAACGAGUUCCAGGUUUUAACCGAGACAUUUUUAAACGUGCGCAAACUAAUUGUAGUCAUUCCCCAUCGCUACGUUCAGAAUCUAAAAGUUUUAUUAUUUUUUUAAAAAAAAAAUCCUACACGAAUUUGUGUUCCAUACUAUACAGACAAAUAAUAAAAAGUGCCCAACAUCAGGAUCGCAAGUGUAUACUGUCGAACAGAGAAUAACGUAACAAUUAUUAAACUGAGAUGUUGAGAUUUUAUUAAACCACGUCCGUAUACUUAUAUUAUUAUUAUAAUAUGAACCGGAAAAAAUAUUAGAGACAUAAUAUCAAACAAAAUAAAUAAGAGACAUUAAUUAUAAAACUGCAUUUACACCCGAAUACUCGUGUACGUAUGCGCGUACAUAAUGUGUGUGCUACGGAUACAAGGUUUAUCAAAAGAAAAAAAAUAAAUCUUUUUAAGUUAAUUUAAUAUACAUCCGGUAAAACCGGAAUGACGAGUCGGCAGCACGUAAAAACUAUUAUAAAUCGCGUAUGUAUCUACUAUAGACUUACCGAUUUACACAUAAUACAAUAAAACAACAUCAUAGUAGGGAGGCGAAUAAACAACAUACUUUUUUUUUUUUUUUCUCUUUUAAAAACAUUUAAACGCCAGCCGAAUAGUAUUCCAUUAUUAUACAUAGCCGCAUACGCACGUACGCGGUAUUCUAGCGGUUUUCGGCAGUUUCACAAAACCGCAGAGGAAGUCGUCGGGACAUUGCAGUCGGUUUUGAAAUUCGUCGUGGUCGACGCCGGUCGCAAAGGCGAACCAACUUAUCACGACCCAUCCGAGUAA